AUAGUAAAUGAUUGCAAUGAAGGGGCAAGAAAAUGGAACGAAUGGAGGAAAUUUGUGUUUUGCAAACGCAAAUAUAAUUCAAAACAAAGGUUAGAAAACAGUUUGAUUGCUUAUUACUUAGGAUAAGAACCGAGCGCAUUAAAACGGUUUUUGUUUGUAUGUUUUUGUGGUAUUUUCUGUUGUUAUAUUACACGCCUUGGUGUGAGGGGUUUUCAAGUAAGGAGACAGUCUAGUAGUAAGCGUUGGUUUUCGUUCAUUUCCGCCUUUUUUCUUAAAUAUCUAGCCAAGAUUUCAUUCAAUCCAAAAAUGACUCAAUAAGGUUGGAGUCCUUGGUUCAAUAAUUUUUUGAAAAUUUUUGGAUAAUUUUUUAAAUGUUUUUUAUGUAUAGUCUAUAGAGUGAUUUUACUUGACCCGAGAAGCUGAGAAUAACAACUAGUGCAAAAUAGCUACAAGUAAACAAAAGAGCACAAUGGAAUUAGUGCAUAAUAGCGCGUGGUAUUCCUCUAACUAUUUCACAGGUUAAGUAAAAUCACUCUAAAAAUUGGGGGACUAAAAAUUGGGGGAGUGGAUUUCUAAAAUUUUGAAAAUUGGAAAAUAUUGGAUUAUGGGGUUGUUAAAAAUUAAAUUUUCUCCAAAAAACUACAACCAGCAGACUGCCUCCUUAAUUCUGAUCGAUAUCUAAUAAGGACCAAGGUAUAAUUUUUCAAAUAUCAGAAUAGCGAGAUGAACAUAAGAGGAUAUAUAUACUUAGCAUAGUUGUAAGGAUGAAGUAUCCAAUACUAGUGGCGGAUCCAGACCUUCAGAUGGGGGGGGAGGUAGGGGCUUGGACCCUGGGAUGGGGGGAGGUAGGGGCUUGCUUUCACCAGACCCUGGGAUGGGGGAGGUAGGGGCUUGCUUUCACCAGACCCUGGGAUGGGGGAGGUAGGGGCUUGCUUUCACCAGACCCUGGGAUGGGGGAGGUACCCACCAGACCCUGGGAUGGGGGGAGGUAGGGGCUUGCUUUCACCAGACCCUGGGAUGGGGGGAGGUAGGGGCUUGCUUUCACCAGACCCUUGGGGGGCGGCAUCAGUUUGGUCUAAAAAUCAGUGGGGGGGGGCCCCCCGGCCCCUCCCUGGAUCCGCCACUGAAUACUCACAGGUUGAUAAUUUAUUUAUUUUUGCAGCCUCUCGCCUUAGCGACGCCAUCUCGAUAUCUGCUCAGACGAGGUGAUAUUAUGCAAGUUGUGGAGGACUCCAAGAGCCCACUGAAGAGACUAAAACCCAAAUUGAAAUCUAUAUGCAUGUUUCUUUUCAACGAUUUGUUACUCUUGGCCAAAAAAGAAAAGGUAUGAAUGUUAAUUGAUUGUAGCGGAUGAUUUAAGCUUGUUAUAAUUGUUAUUUCGUUCAAUUUUUUUGUCUUUGUCUUAGUGAAGUUAAUAAAAUCAAAGUCACAAGUUAGUUGAUAUUUACCGAGAUAUUUGCUUAGACUAAUAUUAUUUAAUUAUCGUUAACGUUUCAUCUUUUGUUUUCCCUAUCAAGCUAAUCUACUAAUUUCUUUCAGUGAGAAUCGGUUUCAAGUUCUGGAUUACGCCACACGUAACAUGACCCAAGUGGAAGAACCUCAGGAAUUGGAUAUGAGUUAAGACCACGUGUUCUCGUUGGUAUUGUUAGAGAAUUCUGACAGUAAAACCAAGGAGUUCUUGAUGGCUGCCAACAGCGAGUAAGUAGUUGUAGUAGUAUGUGUCACCUGAUGUUCACUUUUUAAUUUCUGUUAUAUACAGUUGUCUAAUUUGUUUUUAAAGGAAUUGUGUCACAAAAUUUAUCAAGAUUCAAACAGUAGGAAACGCCACCAAACUGAGUGAAACAUAAAAAUAACCGCUUAAGGACAGUGCCCACUAUUGUUACUACGCACAUUUUCUGCGCAUGCCAAGGUAGUCACGCGCGACGCGAAAGAAAUGCGCAACACGCAGGACACGCGGACUGGUUUUGUCUCCUCUAAGUCUGGGAGGUUCUAGUUAUUUCUUGUGGAAAAGAUGCGUCGUUUUUCAAGAGAUGAAAAUAAUUUCUAUUUACCUUGUCAGUUCUUUGAAAACCGAAGAAGUAUGCGCAUGUUGCUAUUUCUGCCGUAUGAUCGAUCUGACCGAACAUUUUAUAGUCAAACAAAAGUCAAUUCUAAAACAUUAAAAGUUAUUGCUUCGAGAUGUUACGCUUGGAGUUUGGGUAUUAAAAAAUCCCUUAAUGGGCAAGGAUCAGUAAAUCAGAAGGAAAAUAGCUCUAAGUCCUCCGCUUAGUCGAGAAACUGCAAGCUUACCUUUCACUCGCGUCCUUCGCGUUUUAUCGGCUAAUCGGCUAUAAACACUUUCCCGAAUAUUUCUUUAAUUUUGUAAGAUUUUAUGUAAUUAUUCACUAGAAGAUAGACUUAAAGCGUUCGAGUGUAUACAGAUGUCCCUUUUAUUGAGAGUCCGAAGCUUUUAUUUGUUGAAUAAACAAGAAAAAACUAUCACAAGAUUGUUUGGAUUGCUGAGAUCGCAGCCUCACAAUGGUUGCGGACCGCAAAGGAAACGCUUUCAUCGAGGAAAAAAUCGUAAAAAAUUGUUAUGCUUUUUACUAUUAUCAUUGUUAUUUAAGCAUUUUGCCAUUACUAAGCAUUGAAAUUGUUGACUCAUUGGGUAGCUUGUCGUGUAGAUAGUAUUUCUUAAGGUUCAAUUUCACACCACACGUAAUCUGGACAUUUAGACAUAGCUGCCAUUUUGCUGUCUACAAACUAAAAAGCUGGAAGGCAAAAUAAAGUAUUUCCAUUCUAAGACUUUCUUAGGUUUAACAGACACUGUUAAGUCUAAAAUUAACAUUUAGGAACGAAAAAUAGUGAAUGAUCAUGACACAGAAUGCUACAGUAAAAAAAAUCAAAACGAAAUAUAUAAAAUGAUCAUUAUAGCCCAGUUUAUACAUGAGGGUACAUAAACGCAUUCGUUACAACUACUUUUCCAGUAUUCAGCUUUUUUAAAAGAGAGCUCACGUAUGGAACUUGAGUCUUUUCAAAUCAUUUAUGUCAUAUGACACUUGUGGCAAAGCCCGAAAGAGAUGGCUAGAUAGCGCAAAGCACAGAUAUAAGCUCAUUGAAUGUAUGCAAGUUUUAUAAUAACAUAUUCGUUCGAGGUACUGGGUAAAAUGAUAAAAAACGAUAGAAGGUUUACAAUCAACAUUACAUCUACAUUUCAAAAAAUCUUGAGGACAUGUACAGGUAAGCAAACGAUUGAAGGCGUACCUGUCUAAGAGUCCCUGUCGACUAUUUUCCACUACAGUACAGUAGUUUGUUUACAGCACCAGCCUUGGAUCUUUAGCUCGCAAUACUACUCUAUGUGCGCUGGAAGUAAUCUCUAAUACCUCGUAGUUUGUUUCUCAAAAAUUUUUGUUAAAUUUUUGAGACGGAGAAGCUCCAGUUGAAUUAAAUAGUAUAAUUUGUUUUCCUCAGAGUCCAUGAAAUGUCCUGCUUCACUUUCUGUUUUUGCUCUCUUCCGUGGGUUGUUGUUUUCUCUGACUGUUAGCCAUUGUGGAUAUCCCAGAGUACUCCGCGUUGAGUGAAGCAAUAGUGAAACUGACCGGGGAGGGGAUGGGAAAAAUUGUAAAUAACCCCCAAAGCGAUUAAGUUAAGGUCGAAUCCAACCAAUUUAACUUCUAAAAACGCGUGGGAACCCCUACUUUUUAUCUUACCAAAUGAAAGUAAUAAGCCUAGUCGGCAAACGAUCAAUUUUUGGUUCGGGGAAAAUGUCGUUUACACUAUUUUUAAGGCAAACGCUUGGAGACGGGUAACUGCUGAUAACUUCCCAGUUAUGCUGAUAUUUCCAAAAAAGACGUAUAAAGAGCAGUUGUUAUGUUAUCAUUUGUUGCUGAUUUUGAAACCUUGUUACAAUUAUCAUUGCAUUUGUGCCAGUUCACGUUUACACUCUGAAAUUUGGGGAAAAAUAACUUUUUAUCAUUUUUCUUAAAAAUGCCUAUUCAGCGUUUUUCUCCAUAUUGAAGCGCAGUUAUCUCUGAAAAAAUGCGUGCUUACCCCCAGUUUUCUUUUUGGAUUUCAAUAUCCCCUGAUAUGAUCUACUUGUCUCACAUAGUCAUUAUCUGGGAAAAAAUACUUCCCAUUAGUGGGCACCGUCCUUAACAGUCCACAAAUCGCAUUAAAAAAGAAAUAAUGUUGAAACCUCACCAAAACGUGCAAACUCAUCCUAAUCGACGUGAAGAAAAAUCCGAUAUUAUUUUUUUCGCUGAUCUUUUUAAAUGAAUGUUUAAAAGUAUUGUUUUUUUCACAACCUAUUUUGAAACAACAACAAAACACGGAUCUAACUCUAUGACGCCCCCAGUCAGUAAAAUAAUCCAAUUUCGAGUUGGCUAUCGCCUGUUGAAUAAAAUGAGUGAAGACGCUUUUUUUUCACAGGCGUAGCCUCCAUCUGAAGUAAACAUAAUCUCAAAUUCCAUCGAGAAGAAGAUCUGUUUAUUAGUCUUUCAAAAGACCUCUUUAUGUUGUAUGUUUUGUUUCUCCAAUACAGGUCAUGUGAUAAUACUCUAGAGGACUGUUUCUUUCAAAUUUUGUCUUACUCACAUAGAUAUGCAAAGACAAAGGGUGAAGUUCCCCUCGGACCUCUUUUGGGAAAACAAAACAUACAAGAAAAAGACGUCUAUUGUAUAUUUUAAAAUUUCCGGAAUUUGUGAAGACAGUAGAACUUCGACUUAACAAAGGGCCAGGAGACUGGCAAAAUUUGUUCGCUGUAACGAGGUUUCGUUAUGUCGAGGCUCUUUUUUCAUAUAUUUUACUACUACUGGGAAAAAGAAAAUCAUGUGUUAUACCGAGGACUUCACUAUGUGGAGGUUCUUUUUAUAUCGAGGUUCCACUUUAUUUUACUUUAUGUCGAGGCUAACCCUGUAUGAAAGUGUCGUUAAUUUUUGUAUUCAGGGGAACAGGAGACAAUUUUGCAUGCGCAUGCGUGAAUCCGCGGAACGACAAGAGAGUUGGCGCAUCAACUCUGAUGGCGGGAAAUCGAAAACUCGCGAAAAGUUACAGUCCUUUUAAAAGCCAUUUCGUUGGUGCUUUGAAUACCGUACUUUCCUACAAAAAAAUGUUCUCCAUGACAAAAACCGGACGUUUUCUACGCGGGUUUUCAGUUGUAGAUUUUUCAGUAGUAGGUUUUCUUUUAAAGACUUGAACGACUCAACGUCAAAAAUCACUGUUCCUGUAGCAGAUCUGAAUUUCACUGGAAAAGCAAUGCAUUUCAAUGGUUUGAUUUCCACACUCAUGGCUUUACUUAUCAAGGAAGAAAUGCAUCGUAGGAAUGUUCAGCUGCUUUAAGAAAAGCGAAAAAAAAAUUUGCUACGCGAGGCUUAUUUAUUAGCGCGAUGUCUCAUGUUAAACUGAUCGCGGAGACACGCGUUUAUAUGUGCCACAAAAACAUGAAAUCUAUGGGUAUUUUUUUACAGUUUUUCGACCAUAUUGAAGCAAGCGGAUACAAAAUGCCCUCCUGUUAUUCAGCGGUAAUUUUUAAUACGAAAGGAUCAACAUGUAAAGGGUGACGUCAGGAUGGAUUCGCCACUGGGUGUUAUCCUUAUUUAAAGACACAAACCAGAGGUUUUCCAACCUAUAUCGACUCUAAUGAAAGAAAUAACGGGAUCCGUUUUGUCACAGGUAGCCCAAGCUGACUAUGAGAGCCCGAAACAUUAUCCUACUUAGCUAAUUAAUACGGCAACAAUUAUAAGACGGUGUAUGAGAAUUAUCCUACUUCGCCAUAAUUGAGCGAAAGAUGCAUUAAAUUUUUCCUUUUAUGCUUGUAUUUAGUAGUUUCUUAUGUUUAUUGUGUUGACUGCGUUUCAUGCCUGUUAGGAUGUCAAGAACUCGAGAACAACACUACCCUUCUAAGCUAAUUAAUUAUUCCUACAGCACGAAAAUUAUAACACGUAUGAGAAAUCUUUGCUCACUAAAUUAAUAAAAUGUGUAUUCAAUAUCGCUCUGAAGCUUACCUUUAGCCUUUGCUUGUUUUUCUUCGUCUUCUGGAUGCAUUUCAGACCUCCUAGGCACUGUUUAAUGCCUUAUUUUGAGCAACAGGUUUUCACCCAGAUGGCAGUAUGAUCAUUUUAAAAGUUUUUUUUUUUUUUUAAAUUUUAUUCUAUUCGCACUUGUAGAAAUGUCUUUAUCGUGUUUAUAAAGACCUUGCACUCGCUUGUUUUAUAUAUAAUAACAUUGGUUAUUUCCCUUUUUUUUGAAAAUUAUGUAUUUAUUACUAUUUCCUUGGUUGCGAAUUCCAGGUAUGUGAUCUCAAUACCGCAGGCGUCAAAUGCGAGAAGUGUGCUGUUGGUUACUAUGGCGACGCCACCAAAGGAACGUCUUAAGACUGUCAACUGUGUCCUUGUCCUCUGACGACCCCAUCCGAUCAGUAAGUACCUCAGAGAUCCCGUUAAUUCCUACCCACCCAUGAGAGGCCCAUGGGAGCUUUUCCUUUCUUGAUGUGUAUGUCGAGCUUCAAUUUUAUCUUUGCAAUCGUUUUCAAUACGGUAAUUUACGAAAAUGAGUUUAAAACAAAGGAAAAAAUAACCCAAGGAUAAAACCAAACCACAAUCUAAACGUUGCCUAUUAAGAUUCAGACCUCAGAUAUCCCAUUUUUUCUAAGCCUUGGAUUCCAAGGACGCUGGCUAUUGUAUCGAGCAUAUCAUCAAGCUACGAUAUGAAGUCAUUAUGGAAACUCACACAAUGUAAACCACUUUUGUCUCACCUUAUUUACUCUUGCUUAGAGAGUGUGAGCUGAUACUGAUCAAUGGUGCUGAUGUAACUGUUUAACAGGUCCAGCCGAAUUUGUAAGCUAGACACAGACGGCAGACCAACGUGUACCUCAUGUCAACCUGGUUAUACUGGCAGGAACUGUGAAAGGUAUGUGGAUAAUUCUUCUGAGCCCCGUUUCUGAGAGACAUUUCUUUCUUUCCUUUUUAAUGUAUGUUGUUGGCUUGCUUGUUGCUGUUGUUUUUUGUUGUUGCUGCCCAGGGGCGUAGCCAGCAUUUUUGUAUAGCGGGGUUCUUUAUGUGGUAUUUUUGUCUAGAUUGAUAAUCGAGCCGAGGAGGGCAUGGGGUAUAAGGCAUUCCCCGGAAAAUUUUAAUACUUUAGGUCUUUAGCAAUUCCGUUUUGUGAUUCUGAGCACAAAUUUCCAAUAACAGUGCCAAAUUUAAAAGCUAUCAUUUUUUGCUUUCAGUGAAGAGAUAGUGUGAUAGACUAAGAAAUGUAUAUGUUGGUGAUCGUUGAAUACAUUAAAACACACAUUGUAGUCUUGUGAUUUGCCGUUUACUCAGUAAGCAUAUUAGCAAGAAGGAGACAUCAUGGAUGCUUCCGUGCAAGGGUGUCGAUUGUUGGACUUAGGCCAAUUUGCGUAAUACAGUGUCAUCAGAGCAAAGGCAGCGGAAACUUCUGCUGUUGGGUUUAUUUUAACGUUUUCGGUGCAAAGUUCUUUAAAAUAGCUUGCAUGAGGCAACGUAUAGUUGAGUCGAUUCCAGUGACUCUUGCUGAUUGGCUGUUUCGUUGUAGCUGUCCAGCUUGGAAAAAAUGCCUUGUUCAGUGGUGACGGUCUCUUGGAAUUCCCAUCAUCGACCAUGCGAGGACCGAGGUGAGGUUUUUUUCUUUGGUGUUCAGUGAACCUUCUGAGAGAAAAUUUCUCACCAUCAGGAGAGUUUUACGACUGUUAUAAUACAAAAUGAGCGCCCAAUUUAUUUCCAUCCUGGUAUUUUAUAACCGAAAUACCUUAUAAUCCACAGUGCAAUGUUUACGGCUUUGAGCAUGCAUGCGUCCAUUUUUUUUUACAGAUCGACAACACCUGACUAUAUGUCACUUGAGAUAAAAACAGAAGCUCAAAAUGGUGUAAUCCUAUGGCAAGGAGAGGUAAAAUAGAGUGUUGUAAUGAGUUCGGCCAACAGAGAUUGUUUAUAACUUAUGCCUGAUAACCCGAUGACCAGAAAAGACAUCCAUCUACUUUGCCACAUUCAGUUCUGAGCUUUUUCUUAAUUAUUAAAAGAUUGUAAGAACAAAACCUUUUUUCUAAAACACUUCCGUAUCUCUUUGCCAACGCGUUCGUGUAUAUUUCACACACACAGGCCCCUUGCAUUACGAACAGUUCCCUUGAUCUGUAAGGCAUCAAGCAACAAAUACAUACCUCAUGUUCUCACCCGGAUCAAUUCGGUGUCCCUAUGAAAAAAUGUUUCUUCUUGCUCCUUCCAGAGAAGAGAUCACUUUGCAAUCGGAUUAAGAGACGGAUUUCUGGAGUUCAGGUAAUUAUUUUAGGACUCUUGACGGCCCAACAACUGGUCUCUUUCUAAAAUUUUGUAUUCUUUGCUUUCAGAGUAAAAACACCCAUACAUGUAUGUGACCACCAAAAAUUUCCCAAAGUUUGGGGUCGCUAAUGGGAGCUGGUCGCAUAUAAGACUCUGACGCAUCUGAAUGUCGCUAAAAUUGCCUCUAAAAUAUGUAAUGCACUAAAAAACAUAGACAAUAUACACGUAUUAAAAGAAUAUAUUUCGCUACAUCAAUGUACUGAUGGAUCACAUAACCCACUUCACAUCCGGGGGCAGUAAAAUAAUAGGGAGAUUAAGCAAAAGCGUUUUUGAGUGACGCACGUCAAUCGAAGCUAAAAAAUGGUAUUGCUUUGCGUCUUUUUUCUCAUAUUGAUGAUUUUGCUGAGAAUUUGGGCAAAAACACUGACUAAAAGUAGUUAACUAUGAAAUUGAAUGAAGCACAUCCUCGGUUAAAUUUAUUACACAUUAAUCCUUGAUCACUGAUCUACAUAAAAAAAAUAAGGGGACGGGUCCCCGGGCUCCUCCCCGGAUCCGCCACUGCAAAUAACCAGGAACUAAAUAUAUCGGCCCCUACCCUGAGAAUACUUUAAAAUCAUGUUAACAAAUCAGUUACGUCUUUCGUAGAUUUGAACUCGGUUCUGGGCCCGCUGUACUACAAUCCCUGUCUCCAGUCAACGACAGCCAAUGGCACUCCAUCAAGGUUUACAGGUAAGAAACUUUUUCAACUACAAUCUUGAAAUAAUAGUUCCUAGAUCUCCGUAUUCUCGAUUCGUUACAUUUGAGGAACAAGGAAGGGCCCAAGAAUAAACCCCCCGACUGUCAACCAUGAAUAAAAUUUUAAUCAGUUAUUGAUUUUGGCCUCUAUAUAAUAUGAAGCAGCACUGACUGCCUGACGUCAUUCAUAAGUUAUUUUAAUUAUUAGAUUAGUGACGUUUGUCGUUUUAAUUUUGUAGGAGUUUCAGUGAGGGUUCCCUUAAAGUUGAUUAUGAUGAUCACGUAAAUGGCACCUCAGCUGAGGGAAGCAAAGGGCUGAAUAUUAACCAAGGGUAUAACAUAUUUAUGGGUAAGUGCAUUGUAUAUCCUUAUCUUAUCAGUCAUCCCUACGAUCAGAAUGGGCAGUCAGAAAUAUAUGGAUUUCAUAUAUUUUAAUUGCGGGAAGAAGAAACAAAUGGAGACAAGAUAAUACAUAACUCCAACCCUGACCUCUGCGGUACCGGUGCAGUGCUCUUACCUAUUAAGCUACCAAGCAAACUGGGUGUGGAUAGUCCGUUAGUAUCAUCUAAAAGUCUACCUCCUUCGUCAGUGUUCAGGAUGAUCAAGGUCUUUUUCUCAUUUGAACAGGAUAUUAUAGCCUGUAUUAUCUUUAUGUUUUUUCCUUUUAUUUCCAAUAGGAGGCGGUGACAAUAUCGCAAAAAUGACACAUGCGAAGUUUAAUACUGGUUUUAGCGGUUGUAUAAAGAAUAUAUUUUUCAAGGACAGAGGCAUUGACUUCCAGGGUGACGCUAUUCGCGGCUGGAAUGUCCUACCGUUUGACAGCGAUGAGGUAGAGCCAUGAAAAGACAUUCUGGAGAAACUGGUUGCCGUGAGAAAGGAGCAUUAAGCUCCAGAGGCCACACAGCUCUUAAACAAACAAUAGUUUAUCGUACUUUCACAUUGAAAUACUUGAUAACUAGCGCGUUUUUGUUGCUUGGUUACACUUUAAAUUAAAGUUAAGCAACCGUUGACGGUAAGAUAGAGAAGAGAAAUGUGGAACUCCACGAACACGAGUAUUAAAAAAGAGUUAGUUUUUCCCAAAAAGUAGAGAAUAACCUGUACAGUUAUUGUCCUUUUUUACCAAAAGAAAUCAUCCAGAUAACCAGUCUG